GGGAGAGACGCCGACUUCCGCCCGCGGGGGAGCGGCGGCGCAGGAGGCCGGGCCGGGUCGCGGAGGGACCGACGGACGCACGGGCGGUCGGCCGGGCGCCAUGGAGGGCGGCCCCGGGGCCGAGGGACGCGGGCCCGGGCGGGCCCCCCACUGCACAACAUGGAGAUGCGAGGCCGCGAGGCUCCCGAGGGCUGGGCUUGGACCGCGGUGGGGCCGGGCUGCAGCCUCCUAACGGGGCUCUCGUCUGCGGCGGUGGCUGGGGGCACGUCCUCCCCCCAGCCUGCGUCCCGGAGCACCCACGCGCCCCCCCUGCCCGGGGCCCGCCAUGAACGGCCUGUCGGUCAGCGAGCUCUGCUGCCUCUUCUGCUGCCCACCCUGCCCCGGCCGCAUCGCUGCCAAGCUCGCCUUCCUGCCGCCGGAGCCCACCUACUCGCUGGUGCCCGAGCCCGAGCCGGGGCCUGGUGGGGUGGGGGCCACCUCCUUGGGGACGCUGCGGGCCUCGGCCGGCAGCCCCGGGCGCUGGAAGCUGCACCUGACGGAGCGUGCUGACUUCCAGUACAGCCAGCGGGAGCUCGACACCAUUGAGGCCUUCCUGACCAAGAGUGGCCGCGGCAACCGCAUCGCCUGCAUGUAUGUGCGCUGCGUGCCUGGUGCCAGGUACACGGUUCUCUUCUCCCACGGCAACGCGGUGGACCUGGGCCAGAUGAGCAGCUUCUACAUCGGCCUGGGCACCCGCAUCAACUGCAACAUCUUCUCCUACGACUACUCGGGCUACGGCGUGAGCUCGGGCCGGCCCUCGGAGAAGAACUUGUACGCUGACAUCGAUGCCGCCUGGCAGGCCCUGCGCACCAGGUACGGCAUCAGCCCCGACAGCAUCAUCCUGUACGGGCAGAGUAUAGGCACAGUGCCCACCGUGGACCUGGCCUCGCGCUACGAGUGCGCCGCCGUCGUGCUGCACUCCCCGCUCACCUCCGGCAUGCGCGUGGCCUUCCCCGACACCAAGAAGACCUACUGCUUCGACGCCUUCCCCAACAUCGAGAAGGUGUCCAAGAUCACGUCGCCUGUGCUCAUCAUCCACGGCACGGAGGACGAGGUGAUCGACUUCUCGCACGGGCUGGCGCUCUACGAGCGCUGCCCCAAGGCCGUGGAGCCGCUGUGGGUGGAGGGCGCGGGCCACAACGACAUCGAGCUGUACAGCCAGUACCUGGAGCGCCUGCGCCGCUUCAUCUCCCAGGAGCUGCCGAGCCAGCGCGCCUAGCCCGGGCCGCGAGCCGGGACCUCAGCAAUAAGGACCUCGCCCCGCCCGCCCCGAGGCUGCCUGGGGGCUCGGGGCUGCGUGAGCACCCCAGGGAUUCGGAGGCGGGGGGCGCUGGGUCGGGACCCCGCCCCGGCCCAGGGGCUGUGGACAAUGGAUCGGAGAUGACGGGAGCUAUGUUCUCCUUUUCUUUUGGAAACAGGAAGCAAAAACGGGAAAACAAACGUUAAAGAUUUAAAAUUUU